AAUCGGUACUCUGCGUGCGUAGGGAUAUCCUUCACAUCCAUGCUCCUAAGAGCGGCAGAUCGGAGGUUGCUAACUGCACGCUUUCUGUUGGACUAGUGAACACAUCAUGAGCACAAGCUGAGAUCUGUCCAGACCACAGUCUGUCGUUUUACCUCGCUGUGUCUCGGUCUGCUCCAGCUGCCGCAAUGGCUUUUGGACCAGCUCCCAGUCCAACCGUGGUGGACCAGACCACCCUCAUGAAGAAAUACCUGCAGUUUGUGGCAGCGCUCACUGAUGCAAACACACCUGAUGAGACCAAACUCAAGAUGAUGCAAGAAGUCAGCGAGAACUUUGAGAAUGUGACGUCCUCGCCUCAGUACUCCACAUUCUUGGAACACAUAAUCCCUCGCUUCCUCACCUUUCUUCAGGAUGGAGAGGUGCAGUUUCUGCAAGAAAAGCCAACACAGCAAUUGAGGAAGCUAGUGCUAGAAAUCAUCCACCGCAUUCCUACAAAUGAGCACCUUAGACAGCACACCAAGAACAUCCUCUCUGUCAUGUUUCGCUUCCUGGAGAUUGAAAAUGAGGAGAAUGUUCUGAUAUGCCUUCGCAUUAUCAUUGAACUGCACAAACAAUUCCGUCCUCCAAUUUCACAGGAGAUUCAUCACUUUCUAGAUUUUGUGAAGCAGAUUUACAAAGAUCUCCCAAAAGUUGUUGCUCGGUACUUUGAGAACCCUCAGGUGAUUGCUGAGAACACGGUGCCUUCUCCAGAAAUGGUUGGGAUGAUCACCUCUGUGUUGGUGAAGACUGCACCCGAGAGAGAAGACAGUGAAACACGAACGCACACUAUCAUCCCACGAGGAUCUUUGUCUCUGAAAGUGCUUGCAGAACUGCCACUCAUCGUGGUACUGAUGUAUCAGCUCUACAAACUGAAUAUUCACAAUGUGGUGUCAGAGUUUGUGCCCCUCAUCAUGAGCACCAUCAUGCUGCAGGUGUCUCCACAAGCCAGGCAGCACAAGCUUUAUAACAAGGAGCUUUAUGCGGACUUCAUUGCCGCGCAGAUCAAAACGCUGUCAUUUCUGGCUUACAUCAUUCGAAUUUAUCAGGACCUGGUAGGAAAGUAUUCCCAGCAGAUGGUGAAGGGCAUGUUACAGCUGCUCACAAACUGCCCCUCAGAGACUGCUCACCUCCGCAAGGAGCUGCUCAUCGCAGCCAAGCACAUUCUCACCACUGACCUACGCAGCCAGUUCAUACCUUGCAUGGAUAAACUUUUUGAUGAAUCCAUUCUCAUUGGCUCUGGGUACACUGCUCGAGAGACCCUUCGACCUUUAGCAUACAGCACACUUGCCGACCUCGUUCACCACGUUCGCCAGAACCUUCCCUUGACGGAUUUGUCCUUAGCCGUGCAGCUAUUUGCCAAGAACAUUGAUGACGAGUCGCUUCCGAGCAACAUUCAGACGAUGUCCUGCAAGCUUUUGCUCAAUCUGGUAGACUGCAUUCGCUCAAAGUCGGAGCAGGAGAAUGGCAAUGGCCGGGACAUCCUCAUGAGGAUGCUGGAGGUAUUUGUGCUAAAAUUUCACACAAUAGCACGCUACCAGCUCGUCUCCAUCUUCAAGAAGUGCAAACCCCAGUCCGAAAUGGGUGUUGUCGAGCCAGGGGUCCUUCCAGGUGUGCCUGCUACACCCACUCCAUCUACAACGCCUGCCAUUCUCCCUCCUGCUCCCCCCACACCCGUUCCUAGCGCGCCACAGCCCCCAGCAGCAGCCUUUGACCGUCAGGGUGAGAAAGAGGACAAGCAGACGUUUCAGGUGGCAGACUGCCGCAGUCUUGUUAAAACUCUAGUGUGCGGAGUGAAAACCAUCACAUGGGGCAUCACCUCAUGCAAAGCCCCUGGAGAGGCUCAGUUCAUCCCGAACAAGCAGCUCCAGCCAAAGGAAACACAGAUCUACAUAAAGUUGGUCAAGUAUGCCAUGCAGGCUUUGGACAUCUAUCAGGUCCAGGUUGCCAAUAACCAACAAGCAUAUAUCAGGGUGGCCAACUGCCAAGCGGUACGCAUGAAGGAGGAGAAAGAAGUUCUCGAGCACUUUGCCGGCGUCUUCACUAUGAUGAACCCGCUUACAUUCAAGGAGAUUUUUCAAACUACUGUUCCAUACAUGGUCGAGAGGAUUUCCAAGAACUAUGCACUACAGAUUGUGGCAAACUCAUUCCUUGCCAACUUGUCGACAUCAGCCCUAUUUGCCACCAUCUUAGUGGAGUACCUUCUUGAAAGAUUGCCAGAGAUGGGCUCGAAUGUUGAGCUCUCCAAUCUCUACCUCAAGCUUUUCAAACUGGUGUUUGGCUCAGUCUCACUGUUUGCAGCUGAGAAUGAACAGAUGCUGAAGCCACACCUCCACAAGAUCGUCAACAGCUCAAUGGAACUGGCCCAGUCAGCCAAGGAGCCUUACAACUACUUCCUCUUCCUGCGGGCACUCUUCCGCUCCAUUGGUGGAGGAAGCCAUGAUCUCCUUUACCAAGAGUUCUUGCCUCUUCUACCGAACCUGCUCCAAGGUCUUAACAUGCUGCAGAGUGGCCUUCAUAAGCAGCACAUGAAGGAUCUCUUUGUGGAGUUGUGCUUGACGGUGCCAGUGCGUUUGAGCUCUUUGCUGCCAUACUUGCCCAUGCUAAUGGAUCCACUGGUGUCAGCCCUCAAUGGUUCUCAGACUCUAGUGAGCCAAGGGCUUCGCACCUUGGAGCUUUGUGUAGACAACUUACAGCCGGACUUCCUCUAUGACCAUAUCCAGCCUGUCAGAGCUGAGCUCAUGCAGGCUUUGUGGCGUACCCUCCGCAAUCCGGCCGAGACCAUCUCCCACGUUGCCUAUCGUGUCUUAGGAAAGUUCGGUGGCAGUAAUAGGAAGAUGCUGAAGGAGUCUCAGAGGUUGCACUAUGUGGUGACUGAGGUUCAAGGGCCCAGCAUCAAAGCCGAGUUCACUGACUGCAAAGCCUCAAUACAGCUCCCAAUGGAGAAGGCAAUAGAGACAGCCCUAGACUGUCUGAAGAGUGCCAACACAGAGCCUUACUACAGACGGCAGGCGUGGGAGGUCAUUAGGUGUUUCUUGGUGGCCAUGACCAGUUUAGAUGAUAACAAACAUGCUCUGUACCAGCUGCUGUCUCAUCCCAACUUCACUGAAAAGUGGAUCCCCAAUGUUAUUAUAUCUCAUCGCUACAAGGCACAGGACACGCCUGCCCGCAGAACUUUUGAGCAGGCCUUGACUGGAGCAUUCAUGUCUGCCGUGAUAAAGGAUCUGAGGCCCAGUGCACUACCAUUUGUAGCUAGCUUGAUUCGCCACUACACCAUGGUCGCUGUGGCUCAACAGUGUGGUCCAUUCCUAUUGCCGUGCUACCAGCUUGGCAGUCAGCCGAGCACAGCUAUGUUCCACAGUGAAGAGAACGGGUCAAAGGGUAUGGAUCCACUUGUUCUGAUCGAUGCCAUAGCCAUUUGCAUGGCCUAUGAAGAGAAAGAGCUAUGCAAAAUCGGAGAGGUGGCCCUGGCAGUCAUCUUUGAUGUGGCAAGCAUCAUCCUUGGCUCAAAGGAGAGGGCAUGCCAGCUUCCCUUGUUCUCCUACAUUGUGGAGCGUUUGUGUGCUUGUUGCUAUGAGCAGGCUUGGUAUGCCAAGCUCGGUGGUGUGGUGUCCAUCAAGUUCCUGAUGGAGCGGUUACCUCUUAUCUGGGUUCUACAAAACCAGUUGACCUUCCUCAAGGCCCUGUUGUUUGUAAUGAUGGACCUCACAGGAGAAGUUUCAAAUGGAGCCGUAGCAAUGGCUAAGACCACCCUAGAGCAGUUGUUGGUCCGCUGUGCCACUCCACUGAAGGAUGAAGAAAAAACAGAAGAACUCCUGACUGCCCAAGACAAAUCUUUCCACAUGGUAACACAUGACCUUGUUCGAGAGGUCACCUCCCCCAACUCCACGGUCAGAAAGCAGGCCAUGCACUCCCUGCAAGUGCUGGCCCAGGUCACUGGCAAAAGUGUCACUGUCAUAAUGGAGCCACACAAAGAGGUUUUGCAAGAUAUGGUCCCACCUAAGAAACAUCUUCUACGCCACCAACCUGCAAAUGCCCAGAUUGGCCUAAUGGAAGGCAACACAUUCUGCACCACCCUGCAGCCCCGUCUAUUCACAAUGGACCUUAAUGUUAUGGAGCACAAAGUCUUCUAUACAGAGCUGCUGAACUUGUGUGAGGCUGAUGAUGCUGCACUGAUGAAGCUACCAUGUUACAAGAGUCUUCCCUCUCUGGUGCCCCUCCGCAUCGCAGCUCUCAACGCUCUAGCGGCCUGCAACUACUUGCCACAGUCCAGAGAGAAAAUCAUUGCUGCUCUGUUCAAAGCCCUAAACUCGACCAACAGUGAGCUUCAGGAAGCAGGGGAGGCAUGCAUGAGGAAGUUCCUGGAGGGCGCCACCAUUGAGGUGGACCAAAUCCACACUCACAUGCGGCCACUGCUUAUGAUGCUUGGUGACUACCGCAGCCUUACGCUGAAUGUCGUCAACCGUUUGACCUCCGUUACUCGCCUAUUCCCCAACUCUUUCAACGACAAGUUCUGUGAUCAAAUGAUGCAACACCUUCGGAAGUGGAUGGAGGUGGUGGUAAUAACACACAAGGGAGGCCAGCGCAGCGAUGGAAGUCCUGCAUUGGAGGGCUCCGAGGAAAUGAAGAUCUGUUCGGCAAUCAUUAACCUUUUCCACCUGAUCCCCGCCGCACCUCAGACUCUAGUAAAACCUCUGUUGGAGGUGGUCAUGAAGACUGAACGGGCGAUGCUCAUAGAAGCUGGCAGUCCAUUCAGGGAGCCUUUGAUAAAAUUCCUGACUCGCCACCCUUCUCAGACAGUGGAGCUGUUCAUGAUGGAGGCCACUCUUAACGACCCUCAGUGGAGCCGCAUGUUCAUGAGUUUUUUGAAACACAAAGAUGCCAAGCCCUUAAGAGACGUACUGGCCUCCAAUCCCAACCGCUUUGUCACCUUGCUGGUUCCUGCUGGCACCGCUGCCACUGUGCGUCCUGGAUCUCCUUCCACCACCACGGCCAGAUUAGAUCUCCAGUUUCAAGCCAUUAAAAUCAUAAGCAUCAUUGUGAAGAAUGAUGAAGGCUGGUUAGCAGGGCAGCAUUCACUGGUGAAUCAACUCAGACGAGUGUGGGUCAGCGAGGCCUUUCAAGAGAGACAUCGUAAAGACAACAUGGCUGCUACCAACUGGAAGGAGCCCAAACUUCUAGCUUACUGUCUACUUAGCUACUGCAAGCGCAACUACUCAGAGAUAGAGUUGCUGUUCCAGUUGCUGCGGGCCUUCACGGGUCGCUUCUUGUGCAACAUGACCUUCCUGAAGGAGUACAUGGAGGAGGAAAUUCCCAGGAACUACUCCAUCGUCCAGAAGCGUGCCCUGUUUUUCCGCUUUGUCGAGUUCAAUGACCCACACUUCAAUGACGAGCUCAAAGCGAAGGUGCUGCAGCACAUCCUCAACCCGGCCUUCCUCUACAGCUUUGAGAAGGGGGAAGGGGAGCAGCUGCUUGGCCCACCGAAUCCCGAAGGAGAUAAUCCAGAAAGCAUUACCAGUGUCUUCAUCACAAAGGUUCUGGAUCCAGAGAAGCAGGCGGACUUGCUGGACUCUCUACGGAUAUGCUUGCUACAGUUCUCCACUCUGUUGGUGGAGCAUGCACCCCAUCACAUUCAUGACAACAACAAAUCCCGCAACAGCAAGCUACGGCGCCUUAUGACCUUCGCUUGGCCAUGCUUAUUGCCGAAAGCCUGUGUGGAUCCUGCCUGUAAAUACAGCGGACAUCUGCUUUUGGCGCAUAUCAUUGCAAAGUUUGCCAUUCACAAGAAGAUUGUUCUACAGGUCUUUCACAGCCUUCUAAAGGCCCACACCAUGGAGGCCCGAGCCAUUGUCCGCCAGGCAAUGGCAAUUCUCACUCCAGCUGUGCCAGCCCGCAUGGAGGACGGUCAUCAAAUGCUGACGCAUUGGACGCGCAAAAUCAUCGUGGAGGAGGGCCACACUGUACCACAGCUGGUCCACAUACUGCAUCUAAUAGUGCAGCACUUCCGGGUAUACUAUCCUGUUCGCCACCAUUUGGUGCAGCACAUGAUCAGUGCAAUGCAGCGUCUGGGCUUUACCCCCACUGUGACCAUUGAGCAUAGGAAACUGGCUGUGGACUUGGCCGAGGUGGUCAUCAAAUGGGAGCUGCAAAGGAUCAAAGACCAAUUGCCUGAAUCCGAGGGAGAAGUUGGGUCCAGUGGUGAAGGAACAAGUGGCACUGUAAAAGUAGGACUCUCCACAGACAGUGCCACUCCUGGACAAGAUGCGAAAAGAUUUCGUACAGCAGCUGGAACGGCCUCUACAGUGUUUGGUCGCACUCAGUCCAUGCCAGGCACAGAGACAAUGCUCAGUAAACCUGUUGACAAACAACAUACGGAUACUGUGGUCAACUUCCUCAUCCGAAUUGCAUGCCAGGUGAACGACAGCACCAAUGUCGCCGGUUCUCCGGGGGAGCUGCUUUCUCGUCGCUGCGUUAGCCUGAUGAAGACUGUCCUCAGGCCUGAUAUGUGGCCUCGCGCCGAGCUCAAACUACAGUGGUUUGACAGGCUGCUCAUGACUGUGGAGCAGCCAGCUCAGGCUAACAUCUCUAACAUCUGCACUGGAUUGGAGAUUCUCUGUUUCCUGUUGACAGUGCUGCUAUCACCUGCUAUUCUGUCCCACUUCAAGCCCCUCCAGAGGGGCAUUGCCGCCUGUAUGACCUGCGGCAACACCAAAGUCCUGCGUGCAGUUCACUCUCUCCUCUCUCGCCUUAUGAGCAUUUUUCCCACUGAGCCUAGCACGUCCAACGUGGCAUCAAAGUAUGAGGAGCUGGAAUGUUUGUAUGCAGCCGUGGGCAAGGUCAUCUAUGAGGGACUUACAAACUAUGAAAAAGCCACAAGCAACACCAAUCCCACACAGCUCUUCGGAACACUGAUGAUUCUUAAGUCAGCCUGCAGUUACAAUGCAAGUUACAUUGAUCGCCUCAUCUCAGUGUUUAUGCGGUCCCUGCAAAAGAUGGUGCGUGAACACCUGAGUCCCCAGCAAGCCAACCCAACGGUCACUGAGGCCAGCACUGUCACGAGUGAGCUGGUCAUGUUGAGCCUCGACUUGGUGAAGACUCGGCUCUCUGUCAUGAGCAUAGAGAUGAGAAAGAACUUCAUUCAGGUCAUUCUGACUUCGCUUAUUGAGAAGUCGCCGGAUCCCAAAAUUCUCCGUGCUGUUGUCAAGAUUGUGGAAGAGUGGGUGAAAAAUAAUUCUCCAAUGGCUGCCAAUCAAAUGCCGAAUAUUCGAGAGAAGUCCAUCUUAUUGGUAAAGAUGAUGACCUACAUCGAGAAGCGUUUCCCUGAUGAACUUGAGUUAAACGCCCAGUUCUUGGACCUCGUUAAUUACGUCUACAGGGACGAAAGUCUCUCUGGAAGUGACAUCACGUCAAAAUUGGAGCCGGCUUUUCUCUCCGGACUUCGCUGCACUCAGCCACUGAUCCGUGCAAAGUUUUUUGAAGUAUUUGAUGCCUCCAUGAAGCGGCGUGUCUACGAAAGGCUCCUCUACAUCUGUUGUUCUCAAAACUGGGAGGCAAAAGGUAGCCACUUCUGGAUCAAGCAGUGCAUCGAGCUGCUACUAGCAGUGUGUGAACGCAACACCAUCAUCGGCACUAGUUGCCAGGGAUCGAUGCUUCCGUCUAUCACAAAUGUCAUCAACCUGGCCGACAGCCACGACCGCGCCGCUUUCGCCAUGGCGACGCAUGUCAAGCAGGAGCCGCGCGAGAGGGAGACGAGUGAGACCAAGGAGGAGGAUGUGGAGAUUGACAUAGAAUUAGCACCAGGUGACCAAACCGCCAUUCCCAAGACUAAGGACCAGUCUGAAAGGGAUGCCGGCAACCAAUUGCACAUGCUUACGAACCGCCACGACAAGUUCCUCGACUCUCUACGGGAAGUCAAGACUGGGGCGCUGCUGAAUGCUCUUGUCCAGCUGUGUCACAUCUCUACUCCUCUGGCUGAGAGAUCUUGGGUGCAACUCUUUCCUCGUCUCUGGAAGAUUCUUUCUGACAGGCAGCAGCAUGCAUUAUCUGGAGAAAUGAGUCCUUUCCUGUGCAGCGGGAGCCACCAAGCCCAGAGAGAUUGUCAGCCCAGUGCGCUGAAUUGCUUUGUGGAGGCCAUGUCUCAAUGUGUGCCCCCCAUUCCGAUCCGUCCCUGUGUGCUCAAGUACUUGGGCAAAACACACAACCUCUGGUUACGAUCUACUCUUAUGCUGGAGCAGCAGGCCUUUGAAAAGGGACUCAGUCUUCACAGCAAACCUAAGCAAAGUACAGAGGUCUAUGAGCAGGAGAGUAUCACGCCACCUCAACAGGAAAUUUUAGAUUCCCUGGCUGAGCUAUACUCACUGCUCCAAGAGGAGGACAUGUGGGCAGGCUUGUGGCAGAAGAGAUGCAAGUUCCCUGAAACUGCCACUGCCAUUGCCUAUGAACAGCAUGGUUUUUUUGAACAGGCUCAGGAAAGCUAUGAAAAGGCCAUGGAGAAGGCUCGAAAAGAGCAUGAGAGGAGCACGGUUUCACCAGCUGUAUUCCCUGAGUACCAGCUCUGGGAAGACCAUUGGAUACGAUGUUCUAAGGAAUUGAACCAGUGGGAACCUUUGACAGAAUAUGGCCAAUCUAAAAACCAUUCCAACCCCUAUUUAGUGCUGGAAUGCGCUUGGAGGGUUUCCAAUUGGGCUGCCAUGAAGGAAGCUCUGGUGCAGGUGGAGAUGAGUUGUCCCAAGGAAAUGGCCUCAAAGGUGAACAUGCAUCGAGGCUACCUGGCCAUUUGCCACCCAGAGGAGCAGCAGCUCAACUUUAUCGAGAGACUAGUGGAGAUGGCGUCCAGUCUCGCUAUCCGGGAGUGGAGAAGGUUGCCUCAUAUCGUUUCACAUGUGCACACGCCACUUCUCCAGGCGGCACAACAAAUCAUCGAGUUGCAAGAAGCCGCUCAAAUUAACGCAGGACUGCAGCCAGCCAACCUAGGUCGGAACACCAGCCUCCACGACAUGAAAACUGUGGUGAAAACAUGGAGGAACCGACUUCCCAUUGUGUCUGAUGACUUGUCCCACUGGAGCAGCAUUUUCAUGUGGCGCCAGCAUCACUACCAAGCCAUAGUGACGGCAUAUGAAACUAAUACCCAGCAUGAUCCAAACAACAAUAAUGCCAUGUUGGGAGUUCACGCGUCAGCAUCUGCUAUCAUUCAGUAUGGCAAGAUUGCGCGCAAACAAGGUUUGGUAAAUGUAGCACUGGACAUUCUGAGUCGUAUCCACACCAUCCCAACAGUGCCCAUUGUUGACUGCUUCCAGAAGAUUAGACAGCAGGUUAAAUGUUAUUUACAGCUGGCUGGUGUUAUGGGCAAGAACGAAUGCAUGCAGGGUUUGGAGGUGAUAGAGUCCACCAAUCUGAAGUACUUCACCAAGGAGAUGACGGCCGAGUUCUACGCACUUAAGGGCAUGUUCCUGGCUCAGAUCAAUAAGUCAGAAGAGGCUAACAAGGCCUUUUCCGCUGCUGUCCAGAUGCACGAUGUCUUGGUGAAAGCGUGGGCUAUGUGGGGUGACUACCUGGAGAACAUCUUCGCGAAAGAUCGUCAGCUCCACCUCGGAGUCUCUGCUAUUACCUGCUACCUCCAUGCGUGCCGCCACCAAAAUGAAAGCAAAUCUCGCAAGUAUCUUGCAAAGGUACUGUGGCUCCUGAGCUUUGAUGACAAGGACACACUGGCAAACGCUGUGGACAAGUACUGCAUUGGAGUCCCGCCCAUCCAGUGGUUGGCGUGGAUACCACAGCUGCUAACCUGCUUAGUUGGUUCGGAAGGCAAACCUCUACUCAACCUCAUAAGCCAGGUGGGACGAGUUUACCCGCAGGCUGUCUACUUCCCCAUUCGUACCCUUUACCUGACGCUUAAAAUCGAGCAAAGGGAACGCUACAAAAGUGAUGCAUCCGGACAACAACAGCCUGCUUCAGUUGGGUCCCAGUCGCACUCGGGGGCGUCUGACCCAGGGCCCAUUAGGGCCACAGCCCCAAUGUGGCGCUGCAGCCGAAUAAUGCACAUGCAACGCGAGUUACAUCCCACCCUUCUUUCCUCCCUGGAGGGAAUCGUUGACCAGAUGGUGUGGUUCAGGGAAAACUGGCAUGAGGAGGUUUUACGACAGCUCCAGCAGGGCCUGGCUAAAUGUUACUCUGUGGCCUUCGAGAAGAGCGGCGCAGUGUCUGACGCCAAGAUAACGCCACACACGCUGAACUUUGUCAAGAAACUGGUCAGCACAUUUGGCGUCGGCUUGGAAAACGUUUCCAACGUGUCCACCAUGUUCUCCAGUGCUGCCUCCGAGUCGCUGGCACGUCGCGCUCAGGCAACUGCUCAGGACCCCGUCUUCCAGAAGAUGAAAGGCCAGUUUACGACAGACUUCGACUUUAGCGUGCCAGGCUCCAUGAAACUCCACAAUCUGAUCUCCAAGCUCAAGAAGUGGAUCAAGAUCCUGGAGGCCAAGACAAAGCAGCUCCCCAAGUUUUUUCUCAUUGAGGAAAAGUGUCGCUUCCUCAGCAACUUCUCUGCUCAGACUGCUGAGGUGGAAAUCCCCGGGGAGUUCCUCAUGCCCAAACCAACACACUACUACAUCAAGAUUGCCAGGUUCAUGCCUAGAGUUGAGAUUGUUCAGAAGCACAAUACUGCUGCACGCCGCCUCUACAUCCGCGGUCACAAUGGCAAGAUCUACCCCUACUUGGUGAUGAAUGACGCGUGCCUGACAGAGUCUCGACGCGAAGAGAGGGUCCUGCAACUCCUCAGACUACUCAACCCUUGCCUAGAAAAGAGGAAGGAGACCACCAAAAGACAUCUCUUCUUCACAGUACCGAGAGUGGUGGCGGUGUCUCCUCAGAUGCGGCUAGUGGAGGACAACCCUUCAUCUCUGUCACUGGUUGAAAUAUACAAACAGCGUUGUGCCAAGAAGGGUAUUGAGCAUGACAACCCUAUCUCCAGAUAUUAUGAUCGCCUGGCCACCGUGCAAGCCAGAGGCACACAGGCAAGCCACCAGGUCCUACGAGACAUCUUGAAGGAAGUCCAGGGCAACAUGGUGCCACGCAGCAUGCUAAAAGAGUGGGCCCUCCACACCUUCCCCAAUGCCACCGACUACUGGACCUUCCGGAAAAUGUUCACCAUCCAGCUGGCUCUAAUCGGCCUUGCUGAGUUCAUGCUCCACCUGAACCGACUCAACCCCGAGAUGCUGCAGAUAGCGCAGGAUACCGGCAAGCUCAACGUCUCCUACUUCCGCUUCGACAUCAACGACGCCACAGGUGACCUGGACGCCAAUCGACCGGUUCCUUUCCGCCUGACGCCAAACAUCUCAGAGUUCCUGACAACUAUCGGCGUUUCCGGUCCACUCACCGCCUCCAUGAUCGCUGUGGCACGUUGCUUCGCACAGCCCAACUUUAAGGUGGAUGGCAUCCUGAAGGCGGUCUUACGUGAUGAAAUCAUCGCUUGGCACAAGAAAACCCAGGAGGAUACUUCCAUGCCGCUGUCUCCGGCUGGCCAGCCGGAGAACAUGGACUCCCAGCAGCUGGUCUCGCUGGUCCAGAAGGCCGUCACUGCCAUCAUGACCCGCUUGCACAAUCUGGCUCAGUUCGAGGGAGGCGAGAGUAAAGUCAACACUCUGGUGGCUGCAGCAAAUAGCCUGGACAAUUUAUGCCGCAUGGACCCAGCGUGGCAUCCGUGGCUUUAAAAAGUACGUGCCAAUCUUAUGUUGGACACUCUAAUGGAAAGCUGUUUGAACAUUUAUUCAUUAUCCUUGACAUCCAUCUUAAAAGGUAGCAAGGAUAGAAAGACAUUUAGAUGUUAAAAGAAUAAAUGUCAGUACGAGUUAUAAUAAUUUGAUAUUAAAACUCCUCUUAAUGUUUUCGUUUGAAUAAAAUUUGUAGAAUUAUUUUACCAAGGUCGCCAUUGUUGUUGAAGACAUAUGGGCAUGCUGCCAGGCUUCCACAGUGUCAAUCUUAAACAUGUCGUCGGUUCUGCCCUUCCAAUUUGAACCCAAGCGGAACAUUAAUGAGAAGGACAGUAGAAGCACAAUGAACAGGAAAGACAGGAUGAGACGAGUAGCGUUCAUGUGUCUGGUUUGAUAAUGACAGCAAUAGUGAUGUCAAAAACUGUUUGCAGAUCUUCACGGUAAACUAUUGUGUGAUCCAACUUGUUCCAAUAUAAUUAUGGAGAUAGUUAGCAUCCAGACCUGUUGUGUGCUUUACAUAUGAAUAGGGUAUACGGUGAAAUAAAGCAGUUUGUUUACAAAGUAAACACUACAAACUUUAUUUCAAUAAAGGACUACUUACGUUUGAUGAUGGAUUGGAAUGUAAAUGUUCAGCGGUCAUUGUCCAGCUGCUUCCUUGGCGAGCUCUCCUGUCCGUAUUAGCAGGGGAACGAGCUGAAAAUUGCUCUCCGCCAGGCGGUUUGCCGUUCGGCGAAGACAGUCGACAACCCAGUCGUCAUGUGAAAUAAUCCGGGCUAGUUAUGUGUGAUUUUGCGCUUCGAAGACUUUGAAACAUCACUCGAUUCGCGUUAGCGUGUCGGCUAGCUGUCACGCCUCUUGGUUUGUUUACAUUUCCCGAAGCCGGGGCAGGGAAAUGACAUAAACCUGAUUUAGGUGGCAUAAAAUAUCGUUCGGGAGGAGCGACAGUAAAGGUGAAGUCGACAGUUCUUAACAUUAUGGAGUAAUUUUGCCAUGUCGUCAUGCGUAAUGCAUUUUUAUUAUUUCAUAUUCCAUUUAGCACAAGACUGUUAUUUGUCAUGACCAUGCCAUUUAUUUACAGUAGCUAUUGGGGAAAAAUACUUGGAUAAAAAAGAAUAUCCUGUAAAAAUAUUGGAGUAGUAAACAAUGGAAUAGUAGUAAACAAUGACAUUUUGCGGCUCUCUUUGUCACGUUUUCCUCGUUCUGAAUAAUUCCCCCUCAAUGGGCUGACUGGUCCUUCUCAAGCCAUUUAUUUAGCUAUUGGGGAAAAUACUUGAAUAAAAAGAAUAUCCUGUAAAAAUAUUGGAGUAGAGAGACUGAAACAAUGGCAUUUUGCGGCUCUCUUCGUCAUGUUUUCGUCGUUGUGAAUAAUUCCCACUCAAUGGGCUGCAUACUAAAUCAGAUGAAAUCGUGACUCCGCUGACGUCAUCCACCUGUUGGGGACGCUAGAGCCCUAUAAUGGUAGGCGUGGCUAACCGGCAGAUUAAAAGACUAAUUUCUCUUCAUCUGCGCUUUGCUAAAUUGUUGUAUAUUGUCGAAUCGUCUCAAAAUAUGAUUCUAAUUCACAUAAUAAUCCUAUUUAAGACUUUUUUUUUCUCGUGUCGUAUGCAGUUUAAAGAGUGACUCUGUGGAAGUUUGGCAGCUUGGUCGUGUGACGUGAACAACAAUGGCGAGCUACUAGUUCAUUUUUGCUUUAAAAUUUUACAAAUUUUUAUUAAAAUGAAAACAUUAAGACGGGUUUUAAUAUCAAAUUAUUAUAACUCGUACCUACAUUUAUCUUUUAAGAACUAAAUCUAUCUGUGGUUCCCAUUAAGGUUCAAUGACUACAAUACUAUUUGUAGUCCCAUGUCAAGACAAGUCAGCACAUUUGUAAAAUGACUGUAUAUACUUGUUUUUUUUUCCAGCAAGGCCGAGAACGAAAAGUGGUAUUUGCCAUGUGGCAAAAUUGAUUUUGCCAUGUGGCAUUUUUUUGGGAUGUGGCAAAAUGGAUUUUAGUUUGCGGCAUUUUUUGGGGGUAUAUGUCAUUUUUACAGGCCAUGCACGUCCAUGCCAUUGACGAUAUACACAUCCAAAUUUCCCUAUCAUUUUAAAGAAAAACGUGUGGCUGGGAUUUUUGACCAUACACUUACCAUUACAGCGCAUUGACAUUCAACUGGCAAUUGGCACAUGGCAGUGUAUAGUCAAAAAUGCCAUUUAAAAUGAAUGGAAAAUUUGAAUGUGCAUAGCCAUCAAUUGCAUGGACGUGCAUUGCCUGCAAAAAUGCCGUAUACCCAAAAAAAAAAAAAAAACAUUCAAAAAAAAAAAAAAUCCACAUACCAAAAUCCAUUUUGCCACAUACCCCAAAAAAAUGACACAUGGGGAAAAAAAUGACACAUGGCAAAAUCAAUUUUGCCACAUGGCAAAAAAAUGACACAUGGCAAAAUACAUUUUGCCAUGGAGCAAAAAAUGAAGGCAUCAUGGAAAAAUCUAUUUUGCCAUAUGGCAAAAAAAUUCCACGUGGCAAAGUCAAUUUCGCCAUAUGGCAAAAAAAAUGCCACAUGGCAAAAUCAAUUUUGCCACAUGGCAAAAAAAUGCCACAUGGAAAAAUCAAUUUUGCCACAUGGCAAAAAAAUGCCACAUGGAAAAAUCAAUUUUGCCAUAUGGCAGAAAAAUGCCACAUGGAAAAAUCCAUUUUGCCAUGUGGCAAAAAAUAAAGGCCAAAUGGCAAAAUCCAUUUUGCCAUAUGACAAAAAAAUGGCACGUGGCAAAGUCAAUUUUGCCAAAUGGCAAAAAAAAUGCCUCAUGGCAAAAUCAAUUUUGCCACAUGGCAAAAAUAAUGUCGCAUGCCAAAAUUAAUUUUGCCACAUACCAAAAACCAUUUUUGGUUCUCGCUGUCUCUCUUUCCCCUCUACUUUAUGACAUUUCUGCACACUAUCCGGGCAACUUUGUCAUUCUAGUCGAAGUAUUAGUGAGGAAGAAUUACUGGUUGGCAUUUUAAUGCUACUAGUAUUGUCCAUGAGCCUAGUUGGCACAGCGUAUGCUGAAAUAAGUUUUCUAGUGAAGCAGGGGGAAAGAAAAAAAAAAUUAUAAGCGAAACUGUAGAAUUGUUGUAAUUGUCAGGUUUGUCGUGAGGCUAUGGUUGCUGUUCAUUGAAAAACUAAAUUUUUUCUCCCUCUUUAUCCUAGAUUGUGUUCUACAUAUGUGAUGUUUAAAAAAAAAAAAAGGAAAAACUCACGGAGAUAUGUUCUUUUCAAUGGACAGCAACAAUAUCAAGAGAUACUGGGGGAAAAAUGCUCUCCUUGUUAUAUGAAGACCAUUGUUUUUACAUUUCCUAUGCUAAUUCAAAUUGUAUUUAUUAAGAUGUUUUUUUAUGAUGAAAAAAGUGAAGCUUUUGUAUUCAAUACUGUUUUUCAACAGUUUGUAUGUUGAAAAGUUUUUCUUUGUAGCUGUAAUUUUUGCCUCUGUUGUACAUAAGAAUUUUGUUUGAAUAAAAUGCUCUAUUUGAUACAACUCACUUCCUCCUCGCCACUUUAUUUCAUCCCGAACUCUUUAGGCGGCUUCAACUGUGCCCGUCAUGAUCAUAAAAACUCGCAAUUAGUUUUCUCCUUAGUUUCUUGAAGUUGGUUAUAAAACGGCAAUAAUAGCCGGUAAUCGCCAUCUGUGCCUCACUCUCUCGCAUCACUUUGUCAGCGUCAUAAUCGCCCUGAAGGACACACUCCUGGAUGUUAUUGUGCUCAUAACUCACACUGUGAAAUGACUGCACACAAAUCGCUCCCCAACAUUUAGGAAGUUGAUUGCCGUCAUCCCACAGUCCGUCGGCACUUAUGGAGAGGCGUUUCGGAGCAGCGCUUUCGCUCUAUCG